GGCUCUUGUGGUUUCUUAUCUUGCAGAAAUGGAAUCUCUUCUUGAUUCUCGUCCUAGCUUGCAAGAGCUCAUGAAGAAAGUGUGCCUUAAAGCUAAAUGGUACGAAAUUGGCGUGAGGUUGGGUCUAGAUUCAGACGAGCUAGACGCAAUCAAUUCUUCCCCAGACAGUCCAGGCGUCAAAACUAGUCGCAUGUACAAGCUGUGGCUGAAUUCUAAUCCACAAGCAACUAGGAGAGAGCUUGUAGAAGUACUGGAAGAUAUGGAGUGCAACAGACAAGCUGCUGAAUACAAGGAGUAUCUUAAACAAAGCAUUGAAAAAAUUACACCAAGACCAGAACCUAUUCCACCAGAAGGUACCUCUACCUCUACUCCCCAAGAGUCUACGGAAAGUAUAAUAUUGCCCCCACGUAUAUAUAUGGUAGCAUUUAUAUUUAUAGCAUUUUUAGUGUUUAUAAUUUUACGUUCACCACCUCCUGAUUUACAUACACAUACACCCCAAGUUAUUAAACUGUGUGGAUCAGAGCUACGUGACAAAUACAUUGAUACUUUAACAAAUCAGAUGAAUUCAGAAUAUCCUACAGCGGGUCGGACUUCAGUGCCUGUUAAUAUUCCAUUCAUACCCUUAAUAUCAAUUGUAGUUAAAAAUAAAAGUAAAGAAACUGCUGAAUGGUUACUCAGUACAACUCCUAAAGAUGUUGUUCAAAAUAAGGAAAUCAUGAAAAUUCAAAUUGAAGAUAUAUUAAAGCCGGUGUCAGAGAAACGAUUAAGAUUUGUACUAAUUGAAGGAGAGCCUGGCAUAGGAAAAAGCACAUUAGCUAAAGAGCUAGUGUUACGCUGGGCCAAUAGAUCUGAUAAAUUAUUGAGCAAUUAUGACAUUGUGUUUUUUAUUCAGCUGCGCUUUGAAACUUACCACAAAGCUACAAGUAUUGAAGAUCUUUUUGUUGACUUGGAUAAUCAAACUAUUAAUAUGACAGAUUUAAACAUAGAAAUUAAGAAAAGAAAAGGAGCAGGUAUCCUGUGGAUAUUAGACGGCUUUGAUGAGCUUCCAAGUCAUUUAAGAAACAAUUCAAUUCUUAUGACACUUAUAAAAGGUGUCAUUCUUCCAAAGUCAACAGUCAUUGUCACCAGUAGGCCUGUUGCUAGUGAUUUAUUGCUUGAACUUUUAAAAGAUGACAACUCAAAACGUAUCAGUCUCAGAGGCUUUGAUUCCACUAAAAUAGGGGAAUUUGCUUUAAAAUACUUUAAUGACAAAGACAAAGCUUCAAAUUUUUCUUCUUAUUACAGUGAUAAUAUUGUGAUUGAGAGCAUGCUUUAUAAUCCACUGAACUGUUUCAUAGUGUGUACAAUAUUCAAUGACUUGAUAGCCACUAAUAAUGAACAGUAUCCACAAACAAUGACAUCACUCUACAAUCAUUACAUUCGUAUCUUACUCAAGAGGCACCUCAUUAAAACAAAACUCAUAUCAGAUAUAGACUAUAAAAUGCCUCAACGUUUGAUGCUUGAAACUGAUUUUAAUAAUCAGCUACUGCAGGACGUUUGGGAAAACUUUUCACUUAUUUCUAAAAUAGCCUAUGAUGGUGUGAUGGAGGAGCAAUAUGUUUUUGAAAAUAAGCUUCACAAUGUCACUAAACUGAGUAUGAUGGAUACAAUUUUUAGUUUUUUUCUUUAUGAAAAAAACGAGUCUAGUAGCUUUUUACAUACUACACUACAAGAAUACUUUGCUGCAGUUUAUCUUGUUAAUAACAAGUCAAAAUUUACUAUUAAGAAAUAUAAAUUACAAGAAAACCUUGAAGUUUUUACGUUUUAUGUUGGAAUCUGUAAAAUGACUAACAAAGAUGUGAAUUCUAAAGUAAUGGAUAUUUUAAAGCAAGAUAUUUCUCGACACUGGUAUACUAAACAUGUAACUAUUGGCAGUGUAUUGCUAAGGUGUCUCUAUGAAGAUGAUUCACUACUAUACAACAUAGGCUUGUCUGUUAACCAUUCAUUGCAAUUACACUCAGACUGGACCAGCACAAAUUUUGAUUAUUAUAUUUAUGGCUAUCUCAUUGCCCUUCACAAGAUUACAUAUAUAAUUGACUUCUACUAUUCAGAUCAAAUAAAAGCAUUCAACAAGGGACUCCAAUCUCAAUCUCUUAUUUCGAAAGGGAAAAUAAAUCUACGUGUAUCAAGCUAUUCUUCUGAUAAUGACAGACGAGUAUUUAAAGGGAAAAUAAAUCUACGUGUAUCAAGCUAUUCUUCUGAUAAUGACAGACGAGUAUUUAAUGAGCUAUUACUUAUGCCUAGUGAUCCAGUAAUUAAAAUGGAAAUAUCUCCAUUCAAUGACUUUAAUUUGGAAAUUUGUCAAAUAAUUUCUAGAUUUAAAUUAUUGGAAGAGAUUACAGUAUCUGCUGCUAUAUUGUCUACUUGCUUGUCUUUAAAAGAAAAUCCUUUAAAAGAAAAUCCUUUACUAAAACUAAAUACAUUAAACACAAAUAUUGGAUAUCUUUUGCAUGAAAAUGAACUCAAAACACUGGAACAACUUAUUGCUCCUGGUAGGCCAUUAAAAUAUUGGAUGUUGCUGUAAGAACCGAUGCCUCAUCAGCCUCAUAUUACAGUUUUAUGAAGAUUUUAAACAUAAUUAAGACAAAAACAUCUCUGGAAGAACUGAAAAUUCAUGAAGAUUUAAUUGUUAUGUAUAAUGAAUGGACAAAUAGCUAUAUCAGAUGGACUAGAAGCACUAAGAGUUUAACAGUUUCUAAUUAUGAAACAUUCUUUAGUUAUCACAUACAAAUAAAAAAUGAAAUCUCAACAAUACAACUGUCUUCUUUUACCUCAUUUACUUACAUUAAGACUAGCAAGACUAAGAGUGUGGACAUGUGGGGCAGAUGGACUGUGGUAAAUGUCACUGUAUACUCGGAAUCAACAACAUUUAAACUAAACCACUUCAUUGAUGCUUUUCGUGAGUGCAUUAUUAAAAAUACAAUAAAUAAAACAAUAGAAAUAAAAAACUUAACAUGUACAAUUAUUGAACAAGAAAAAUUGUAUCAGCGUUAUAAUCGUAAAUUGUGCCGCAAUGAAGAAUAUGAUUCAGUUAGGCAGUUUAUCUACAAUAUCUUAUUCUUCUCAAUUGUUACUAUAUUAAUUCAAAUAGAUGUAGAACAUGUUAAUGUAUUAACAAUAUGUAUAGACUUAGUUUCAAUGUACAUGUUCUUACACAACCUACCCAUAGAUUUACUAUAUUAUGUCUAUGUGUAUAUACUAUAUUUAGAGAGAUCUAGAGAAUUUCCAGUAAUACAGAAACAUUUAUCAUUAUUAUUAUCAUUAUUAUUAUUAUUAUUAUCAUUAUUAUUAUUAUUAUUAUCAUUAUUAUUGUCAUUUUCAUUACCAUUAUUAAACAUAUUAA